GAUCGGACCCCCACUUUUAUCCGGAAUUCGAGCGGGAUGCUCCUAAGUCCAAGUGUCAUGGUCUCCGACCUCUUUGUGUGGAUAGCCUUAGGGGAAUCCAAUCAUAAAAUCAAAAUCCGAUCAUCCACCCAACCAAGACAUGACACCCAUCAAAGGUCCAGGAGCUGCCCAGGCCCACAAUGGGUCGGGGCUCAGAAUUGCGAUCGUUCACGCCAGGUGGAACAUGGAGAUAAUCGGCCCCCUUGUGGAGGGGGCUAAACGAAGCCUCCUAUCAGCAGGAGUUCUGGAGGAGAAUAUAUCACUGCAAACUGUCCCAGGCAGUUAUGAGUUGCCUUACGCCGCGCAGCGGAUAUAUGCUGCCUCGCAGAUUCAAUCUGCUAGGAGUUCGACUUCUUCCCAGGCCAUCAGCGCCACGGACUUACUUUCCUCAUCAACUGCAGACCUUGGGAAACAGUCUUCCCAGUCGCCAUCCACUGAUGCGCCUCAGCCAUUCGAUGCUAUUAUAGCGAUAGGCGUUUUAAUCAAAGGGGAAACCAUGCAUUUUGAGUACAUUGCAGAUGCCGUGACUCAUGGGUUAAUGCGUGUACAGCUGGACACGGGUGUGCCUGUCAUUUUUGGCGUGCUUACUGUCUUAAACGAGGAACAGGGCCUGGAAAGAGCUGGGCUGGGCAAGAGGGGAAUUCACAACCACGGUGAGGAUUGGGGCAACGCAGCCGUGGAACUCGGAAUGAAGAGAAAAGACUGGGCCGAAGGCAGGAAUGUGUAGGGUAGGCUAUCCUGGUUAUUGAAGCGAUACGGGGCAGAUGAGAAAAGACGUCUUCUUGUUCUUAGUCGAGGGCUACAGACAAUAAAGCUCAUAUCAGAUGAAGGUGGUUGUUUACUAUGCUGGUGCCAGGCAAGAACGAUGUCAUUUGUCAUGACAGCUCGCAAGGCAG